AUGCCAUCAUCUUCAGAUACAGGAGUAUCAGACACAGUGGAUCCCAUGGCGGUUAUGUCAGACGACGAGAUACCAUUAGAGGGAGACGUAUACACGUCAGAUACCACGAGUACAUAUGACGAUGAUUUUCAGUCGUUCGCUCUGCCAGACAUCGGAGUUGAGAUUCAGCCUGCUGAUGGCAUUCCUGCUGGGGAUCUACCUCUUGCAGUGAUCCCUGUUCCGCUUGCUGCUUUCCCCGUGGCGGCUGUGCCACUCGAUAUCGUAUCUGACGACGGCAUUGAUCUAUUCGAGGAGGGUCCCCCUGAGGACGACUAUGAGGGCGGGGCCCCGAUUGAUGCUGAUGCUAUCCUUCAUGUUGCUGAGGCCCCUGUAGAUGAGGCUCCUCUUGGUUCACCUGUCCCAGACUCGUUGGAGUCUGUGGCAUCCGCGUCCCUGCACGACCAGGGUAUGCAGCAUCACUCUCCUGACGCUGACCUCGAUGUAGCGAUGUCAGCUGCACCUGGUCCGUCACACGAGUUUGAGUUUGACCAUGAGGCCGAUGACGAUUUUGAUCCAGUUUUUCCUCCUGACUUCGAUCCUGAUCACGAGAUCGAGUUCAUUCAUAUGGACCAGCCCUUGGAGGCGCCAGUGGCUCCCAUUGAUCCGUUGUUUGACAUUCCUGCCGAUUUUGAGAUGGACCUUGUCGACCCUGAGCCCGUCGCAGCACCAGGGCCUGUUGUUGACCUUGACCCUGUUCCUAAUGAUGCCCCAGCCGUUGCACCGCCUGAUAUGGGUGCACCAGCCAUUGCACCUCUUAUUGAUGAUAUACCCAUUGCUGACCUUCCCAUCGUUGCACCACCAGUGGUGGAUGAUCCUGUUGUUGAUGCACCUUUACCUGAUCCCGUGCCGGUAUUGGUUGACCGUGCACCUUUCGCCGCUCACAUAGAUCCUCGUUAUGCUGACACCCGUAGCAGGUGGAUCGAGGAUGAUGACGACUACCCACCGUUUGUGCUACCCGUCACUCCUCCCGUAGCACCCGUUUCUGCACCCACUGAUAUUCCAUUGUUCCACCCACAUACCACUGACGUCCAUCGCACUGAUCUUCCCAUCACAUUCCUCCAGGACAUACCGCCACCUCGUCCUGGAGAGGGUUCAUCGAGGUAG